AUGGAAAAUGAGAUGAAUUUUUCCUACAUUACUCUUGGAGGUUUUGUGGAACUUAACAAAUACUGGUAUUUGUAUUUUACAAUUAUGUUUACAGUAUAUAUUUUAAUCAUCUGUAGCAAUUCAGUUAUUGUGUAUCUGAUCUUGAUGAACAAAAGCCUCCAUGAGCCCAUGUACAUUUUCAUUGCAGCUUUGUUAUUUAACUGUGUUUUUUACAGCACCAUUGUUUACCCAAAGCUCCUGAUUGAUUUUUUAUCUGAAAACCAGAUUGUUUCAUAUUCAGCAUGCCACUUCCAGUUUUUCAUGUUUUAUUCCAUAGGUGGUUCUGAAUUCAUGCUAUUGGCUGUGAUGGCUUUUGACAGAUAUGUGUCUAUUUGUAAACCACUAAGAUAUCCAACAAUAAUGAGAAAAACUACAGUCAACAUUUUGCUGGUUCUUGCAUGGAUUUUGCCUGCUUGCCCUAUUGCAGUACAAGCAAUACUAAGUGCUAAAUCUAAAAUUUGCAACUUUAGGUUAAAUGCAAUAAUUUGCAACAAUGUCAUUUACUCAGCUCAUUGUGUGAGAUCAAAACCAAUUGCUCUUUUUGGGGUUGUUGCUUUAAUAUUUAUUAUAAUACUUCCACUAUUGUUUACAGUUUUUACAUAUACAAAAAUAUUUAUAAUGUCAUAUAAAAGUUGUAGAACAUUGAAGAAAAAAGUUGCUGAGACCUGCAUACCCCACCUAAUGGUUUUAAUUAGCUACUUCUGUUUUAUGGCAUAUGAUGUAAUUGUAGCUCGACUGGAGUCUAAUUUUCCUCAAAUUGUUCGCUUUAUAAUGACAUUGCAAAUACUUCUGUAUCAGCCUCUGUUUAAUCCAUUUAUAUAUGGUUUGAAAAUGAAAGAAAUUUUCAAAAACCUUCAAAGGUUGUUUUGUUCAGAUAAAAUCUGA